CUUGAAUAGAUGGAACCACAUUUAACUUUUUGGAGAAUACAGGAAACGUGUAGACCGAUACCUGCGUCAAAGUCUAGACAGGGCCAUCACGUGUUAAAAGAAAUAAGAAUGAAAGUUGGGGGUAGAGAGAAAGCUUUUUGAGAGUUGUACUUCGUGAGUCGAGUAGUCGAGGUUGUUAGUUCCUGAGCCUGUUUUUCUGUAGAGUGUCCGCCUGUGCCUAUUUUAGCAAAGAGUUUUCUUUUCUGUCAGUUGUGCUGCUGUUUUACUAGUGACCCAGGGUCCGCGUUUUCCUAUUUUUUUUGUCGUGCCUUAAUCAAGGAGGCUUUAGCUUACCUUUUUCUUUUCCUUUUUUACACUUUUGUAUCUGUUCCAAUAAUCUGCCAAUAAAAAUUUGAAAAGACAGUCGUUGCUCUACCGCCCAUUUGUGCGCCCCCCGCUCGAGACCAAGGGAUCCACUCAGCGCCCCACACCGAUACUCAGCUCUGCUCUGAUAGGAUCACACACAAACACACACUUUACUGCCCAGAAGUGAUAAGACUAAUGCCCCAGUGUUAUCACUAGAGACAGGUAGGGAGAGGUGGUUAUACAGUAACUAGAGCAUACACACACACACACACACACACACACACACACACACACACACACACACACACACACACACACACAGGGUGUGCCUCUGUUCCCUUCCUUUAUGAAGCUGCUAGUGUGUCAGGAGCUUCUCUGCUGAUCACUCCUGAGACCACUGAUCAGGUAGGACACACACUCUCACAGACACACACACGCACACUCUCACAGCAUUGAGCUGUAUUCAAUUACAAACAUUUUCAUCCAUUUAGUUUCUUUAUGUAUUUUUACUAAAAUUAACAAUAGAAAUGUUUACCUGACAGUGAAGACUGCCUUCCUGUUGGUUAGCAGUCAUAGCAACCACCAUGCAGCCCACCAAUGAUAGAGCAGAUCAGGAGCACUGUAGCAACCAAGGCCAUCAACGUUUCCAUGACGAACACGGUGUUCACCAUGGUGACCGGGAUCAUCGCCACGACGACCCCAGUGUGCUGAGCCUGAACGUGCUGCUAUUGGGCAAGGUGCAGAGUGGGCGGAGCUCUGUGGGGAACGUUCUGAUUGGAGGAGGAGAGUUCCGGCAGGGCUGUCUGGAGUUUUGUGACCGGGUCAUGUGAUCUGCGCUGUCGAACUUUCUCAAAUACUUCCGCCGGAAAGGGGCGGAGUCUGACCUGAGACUAAGGGUGAUGGACACGCCCCCUUUGCCUCCCCCAGAGAGGGGAGUGCGUGAACAGUUCGUGGAGGGAGUUCAUGUUGUGGUGUUGGUGGUGAGGGCAGAUGUACCUAUACUGGACACACACCUGACCCUCAGUACUGAGGUAGGAACACACACACACACAGUGUGUUCCAAAGUAUUAAUGUGUGUGUGUAUGUGUGUGUAUAUACGUGUGUAUAUAAUGUGUAUAAACAUAUUUUUAUGUGUGUGUCCAGGCUGUGCUGGCACUGACCGAGGCUGUGUGUGUGUGUGUUUGUGUGUCCAGGCUGUGCUGGGUCCAGGUUGGAACAGUCACGCUCUGCUGGUCGUGACCCACGCUGACUCUCUGAGGGAGGCGGGGCUUAGGAUGGAGCCUUACCUGACCCAGGCGUCUGAUUCGCUCAGAGCUUUGAUUGACACAGUGGGGGGGCAGUGCCUGUUCCUGAACGGCUCAUCUGAUUGGCCAGAGAUAGAAGGACGGCCUCUCAGGGACCGCGUCCUGGCCCUGUCUGCUCAGAACAGACACACAGCCCUGACCCCUGACCCCUGAACCUGGAUAACUGACCAGCUACAGACUGACCUCUGUUGACCUGAUCCAGACCAUGACAAAACAAUAAAAAACACAUUUUCAAAAGUUGU